CAUACAUAGAAAAGUGGUGUAGUCGUACCACCACCAUUUUUGACAAUUUUAAUUAUAAAUAGUCGAUGGUGGUUCGUUUUUCGUAUCAGUUGGUUCGUUUAACUAUUUACUACAAUAUGAAGUUCUUGAUUGUCUUCGUUGCCGCCCUGGCCCUCACCGCCGCCAAAAACGACGAACCGAAAUCCUCCGUCACCGAAGAGAAAAAACAAACCAAACGCGGCCUCUUGGGACUCGGCUACGGUGCUCACGACACCCUCCUCGCCGAACCCUCAUUAGCACUCGACUCGCACCUCGAACUCGCUCCAGCUCCGGUUCUCAAAUCCGUCUACGCCCCGGCACCGAUCCUGAAAAGCUAUGCCGCCCCAGCUCUAUCGCUGGACCACGCCCCCCUCAGCUACGCUUACGCUGCUCCCGCUCCGAUUUUAAAGAGCUACGCACCCGCCCCCAUUAUUAAGAGCUAUGCCGCCCCCGCAAUCAGUUACGCGGCUCCCUUGACCGUUUCCAAGUUAGCUUACGCCGCCCCCGCACCGAUUAUCAAGAGCUACGCCGCCCCGGCUAUCAGUUAUGCCGCCCCCGCACCGAUUUUAAAGAGUUAUGCCGCCCCGGCUAUUAGCUAUGCCGCCUCCGCACCGAUUAUCAAGAGUUAUGCCGCCCCGGCUAUCAGUUAUGCCGCCCCCGCACCUAUUUAUAAAAGCUAUGGUGCCCCCUUGAAUUUGGGAUGGAACGAACCCAAGUUGUGGUAAAUCUGGAGUUUGGAGGCAUUCGAUGUUACUAUAUAUUGUUUAUUUAUUUUUUUGUGAUACUAAAUAAAUGUACAUUUUUUUUUAAAUAAUA